AUGAAUGAUAGUAUUAAUAUUACAACGUCGACCAUUGGUAACAUGAAUAAUAGUAUUAAUAUUACAAUGUCGACCAUUGGUAACAAGGUUACUCAUGAUUCAGGUGACAAUGCUUGGAUGUUAACAUCAGCAGUAUUAGUACUAUUAAUGACACCUGCAUUAGCUUUUUUCUAUGGUGGUAUGGUUGAUCGAAAGAAUAUUUUAAAUCAACUAUUUUUAUCGUUUAUUUGUAUGGGCAUCAUAACCGUACAAUGGAUUCUCUUUGGCUUUUCAUUUGCAUUUGGUCCACCUGUAAGCAAAGGUUUCGGUUCAUUUGGUUGGGCAGUAUUACGUUUUGGUGAAGUCAAAAAUGUAGACUAUAGUCCUACGUAUCCUCUAUUGACAUUUUGUAUUUAUCAAUGUACAUUCGCAAUUAUUACACCAGCUCUCAUUUCUGGCUCUAUUGUUGGUCGAAUGAAAAUGAUUCCCUAUAUGAUAUUCAUAUUUAUUUGGUCGACAGUCUGCUAUGAUCCAAUGGCACAUUGGGUUUGGGGUAGCAACGGAUGGUUAAAAGCUAUAGGAACCCUCGAUUUUGCUGGUGGAACUGUUGUUCAUAUUCUUUCGGGUGUCUCCGGUUUUGUAGCCGCGAUCAUUUUAGGAAAACGACACGAUUAUGAUCCAUAUAGUACUACUGCUCAUAAUCUUCCAUUUACAAUUUUGGGAACAUGUCUAUUAUGGGUAGGUUGGAACGGAUUCAAUGGCGGUUCUGCUGGUAAUGCCAGCGAAUUGGCAGCUAUUGCUGUAGUCAAUACAAAUGCAGCCGCUGCUUCUGCAUUGGUAACAUGGGUAGUGAUCGAUGCUGCACGUGGUCACAUAUCAGUUUUAGGCGCUUGUACAGGUUCUAUUGUUGGUCUUGUAUCUAUUACACCAUCUUGUGGUUAUGUUCAACCUGGAUGGGCAUUACUUAUUGGCGUUAUUGGAGCGAUCAUUGUCUAUUGUCUUUUGUUGUUCAAGCGAUAUAUGCGAUUCGAUGAUACACUAGAUGUGGCUAUUUGUCAUGGUUGCGGUGGUAUAGCUGGUGCUUUUAUGACCGGACUAUUCGCUGAACGUUGGGUUAAUCCAAAUGGCGGUGCUAAUGGUGCAUUUUAUGGAAACCCUAUUCAACUUUGGUAUCAAAUUAUAGGCAUUCUCACUGCUAUUGGUUUUGCUUCUGCAUGUACAGCUGGAAUUCUGCUUCCAUUGCACUUUAUCAUGGGUAUUCGAUUACCGCACGAGGAUGAAAUUACAGGUCUCGAUCUAGCAGCUCAUGGCGAACAUUGGCAAGCAGCUGCAACGCGUGCUGCUGCCGAUCUUGUCGAACGAAUGCGAGAACAACAAGAACAAAGCGGAAACGCGACCGAUUAUGAGCACGACAAUGGAACUUUUGAACUGUCAUAUAAACCUGGCAGUGCCAAUGUAAAACCGAUCACACUACAAUAUUCUGCUAUAAGUUCAUUACCAUGUCUCAUGCCUAGCCUUCAUUCUAACGAGAACUUUCAGCAACAACAACGUGAUAGUCACACAGAAAAAGACCCGAGGGAUUCAAAAGCGACAAAUAAUGAACUUCAAAUGAUGCAGUUUUGAUGAAUACCAAACGUCGUACAAACGUUUUUUUUUAUUAGAUAUGUUACAGUGAUAUCGCAUGUAUACCUAUUCACUAUCCACUAUUAUCCUCUAUUCUCUGUCAUCUUUAACUUUUCUCUCUUGUUUUUCUCGUGCUUUUUAUAUAUUCAUCUAUAUCAUAUAAGUAGUUAGUUGUAUUCUAUUCCUUUUAAAAAUAAAAAUCGUUUACAUCUACAUUAAGGCACAUACGUAUAUACAUAUACAGUAUGUAAAAAAAUUAUUUGGACAUCCUGUAACACUUGUUUUGUGAAGUAUAUUUUAUAAACAAAAGAAAAUAUCUUUUUGACUUUGAUUAUGCCAUCGAUAGGCUGAAGUCUCUAAUUUAUUCUACACAAAAAUAUUUUCUUUCGACAAGG